GUUACAGUUCUGAGUUCAGCACGCUGCCGACCGUCCUUUGGUUCGCUCCGCCACGAUGGCGUUCUCACUCUUCCGCUUUGGACGAUUUCUGAGGUCCAUAUUCUCCCCGCUCGCAGCUUUCGUCGUGUUCAGCUGUCUUCUCACUUUCGUCUUCGUCCUCUACCAACCAAACGCCGGCCCCGGAGCGAAGCAGCGCGUAGGUUGGCAAUCAUGGGAGGUCGUCAAUGAAGGAACCGCUUCUGGCUCAAGCACCGGUGGAACUGCUGGCUCGCCUGUCGUAGGAACUCCUUCGCAGGCGGACGGGGUGGAUUGGUGGAACGUUACUGCCGUAGAGAAGCCUACUGUCGACUCCGCCAGUCUGCCUCUGGACGUGUGGGACCCUUUGCUCCCGCACGACACUGGCCUGUCUGAGAUUGAGAUAACGCGAUGCUUCGUGGACCCAUGGUAUGCGGAAUCCAUCGCGGGCGACCUCUGUGCCCCAUCUUCGACGAAAGAAGACGACGCAUACAAGGGGAAAUGGGUCCGGAUCCCCCGGAACCUGAACAUGCAGUCUGGUCUCAUGAGUCUAAACAUCUACUAUCGCCGCACACGCCGGCAUGACAUCCCCCUCAUCACAGACCUACGUAUCCUCCCAGCAUCCGAAACCCCCACCCCCAUCAGCUCUGGCUGGCACAAGGUCUCGCAUUCGAUCAGCCCGUCCGGCGACAAGUCUUUCCUAUGGUACAAGACAGAGCCAACGCUGGCACAGUUGACUGCUAGCCAGCGCCAGCAACAGCUUGUAACGGAGCUCGACGUACUCUUCGGCGACGACCAGCCAUGGUAUGGCUUCGAGAAGCUGGAGCCGCCUGUGCUUGAGGGCAUGGCGAUCAUCCGGCGCGAAAGCGUCUGGCUCACAUACCGCCGCGGCGUGCACGCUCCGCCUCGCGCUCCCCCGCUGCACUUCACACACGACGGCCGCUUCAAGAUUAUGCAGAUCGCCGACCUGCAUUACUCCGUAUCUGCAGGUACCUGUCGGGACACACCUCUCGCGCCUUGCUCCAACUCGGACAAUAUCACGAACACCCUCCUCGGGCGUAUGCUCGACGCUGAGCGUCCGGACUUCGUAGUGUUCUCGGGCGACCAGCUGAACGGCCAGGGUUCAUCCUGGGACGCGCGCUCUGUGCUUGCGAAGUUCUCGAAGGCCGUGACGCAGCGCGGGAUCCCUUGGGCGGCCAUUUUCGGGAACCAUGACGACGAGGACGGGGAUAGUAGGGAGCAGCAGAUCAAGUAUAUGCAGGGAUUGCCAUACAGUAUGGUCGAAGCGGGUCCGAAAGACAUCCACGGGGUCGGCAACUAUGUCUUGAAGGUGAAGAGUGCUGAUGCGUCAAUGACGCACCUCUUGACGCUCUACUUCCUUGAUUCCGGUUCAUAUUCUAAGGGAUUCCUCAACUGGUUUGGUUUCUUCGUCCCCACCGAAUAUGACUGGAUUCAUCAGGACCAAAUCAACUGGUUUUUGCAAGAAUCCUCUUCAAUCGACCCUAUCGAACGACCCUUCAGUCCUGAUACUGCUAAGGAUCUCGGUGACAUCUGGAAGCGUCAGGCCGUCGGCCAAGUCACCCCAGACACCAGGCGGCUCGCGAAGCCUAACGCGCUCAUGUUCUUCCACAUCCCACUGCAAGAGAGCUACGCGGCUGCGGACACGGAUCCGAUCUCAGGAAAGCCGCUCGACGUUGGCAUGCACGAUCUGGAAGGGCAGGGCUCUGCGAAAAAGCAGGACGGCUUCUUCCACAAAGGCUUGUUGCAGGCGAUGGAAAGCGAGCAUCGUGCUGCAGGUAAUGCGCGGGAAGUCAAGGUUGCCUCGAACGGGCACUGUCAUGUCACCGAGAACUGCAGACGGGUGCAGGGUGUCUGGCUCUGCUUCGGUGGCGGAGGCUCGUACUCCGGCUACGGCAAGAUCGGUUUUGACCGGCGCUUCCGCGUGUACGACGUCUCAGACUACGGCGAGACGAUCCGCACAUACAAGCGCACCGAGCACGACGAGAUCGUCGACGAGAUGAUCCUUGCUGGCCAUGGUGCCCCGGCGGUGUACGAAGGCCCGUGAGGGAGGUGCGCUUGCUAGUGGUCUUGUGCGGCCCUAAGACCAGCUCUGCCUGUACUUCUAGAUUGUGACGACUGUAUUCGUAGAGACGGAAGAUGGAUUGUAAUGUUAUAUAUGCCAAUGCCCACCCGGGCCUGGUACAUUUGCCCACCUCGCUGUGUAUACACAU